UUUUGAGCAAAUUCCCGAUGAGUCCCGGGGCGUUCAGUGUUUUGGACAGCGCAAGUUGGCAUGGUAGAUCCGCUAUAGAUGCCGGGGAUGACCUGUUGUCCCAGUUUUUUAGGUUCCGAGGAUUCUUGAUUCAUGGACAUCAAUCGGGUCACCUCAAGAUUUGGUGCUCGUCUUCCAUCCAAACCUCUGCUUCCCAGACGAUUGGAAACUAUGAAAAGAAGAAAGAUUUUUGGGGUUUCUCUGUCUCUCAUUCUUAUAAACAUGGCUGCCAUAAUGGAGCGUGCUGACGAGAAUCUCCUCCCAGCUGUUUACAAAGAAGUCAGUGAAGCUUUCAGUGCUGGGCCAUCUGACUUGGGCUAUCUUACAUUUAUAAGGAACCUCGUGCAGGGCCUUGCAUCACCCUUGGCAGGUGUACUAGUUAUAAACUACGAUCGCCCUACAGUUCUUGCAAUGGGCACUUUCUUCUGGGCCGUAUCAACUGCUGCAGUGGGUGCGAGUCAACAAUUUUUUCAAGUUGCAUUCUGGAGAGCAAUAAAUGGCUUUGGUUUGGCCAUUGUGAUACCAGCACUCCAGUCCUUCAUUGCUGAUAGCUAUACAGAUGGAGUGAGGGGAGCAGGAUUUGGGCUGCUAAGCCUUGUUGGUACUUUAGGUGGCAUCGGAGGUGGUGUUCUAGCAACAAUUAUGGCUGGUCAGCAGUACUGGGGCAUGCCUGGAUGGCGUGUAGCCUUUGUCAUGAUGGCAAUCUUGAGUUCACUAAUUGGGUGGCUUGUUUUCUUGUUUGUGGUAGACCCUAGAAAAAUAGCCAGUGUUGCUCAUUGUACCAGCGAUGAUGAAGAAAGGACUGAUUUGGUAGAUAAGGGCAAUGCUAGUACUGCAGCUUCAAUUUGGCUGGAGUCUUGGAUGGCAAUGAAAACUGUUAUGAAAGUGAAAACAUUUCAAAUCAUUGUGUUGCAGGGCAUUGUUGGGUCACUACCAUGGACUGCCAUGGUGUUCUUCACUAUGUGGUUUGAACUAAUUGGUUUUGAUCAUAAUAGUGCAGCAACCCUUUUAAGUAUUUUUGCUGUUGGAUGUGCUACGGGGUCCCUCCUUGGUGGAUUAAUAGCUGAUCGAAUAUCACAAAUCUACCCCAACUCUGGUCGUAUCAUGUGUGCGCAGUUUAGCGCCUUCAUGGGCAUCCCAUUCUCAUGGUUCCUUCUUACAGUAAUCCCCCAAUUAGUAGGCAGCUAUUUCACCUUUGCUGCAACUCUCUUUCUAAUGGGACUAACCAUCAGCUGGAAUGCCACUGCUGCAAAUGGCCCUAUGUUUGCUGAGGUGGUACCUUCUAAGCACCGGACCAUGAUUUAUGCAUUUGAUCGAGCUUUUGAAGGAUCAUUCUCUUCUGUUGCCGCUCCCUUGGUAGGUAUUCUUUCAGAGAAGAUAUAUGGCUAUGAUUCAAAAUCUGUGGAUCCAGUUUCAGGGUCUGCAAAGGAGGCUCUGGCAUUGUCCAAGGGACUUAUCAUGAUGAUGGCUAUUCCAUUUGGAUUGUGUUGCUUGUUUUACACACCUCUGUAUCAUACUUUUAGGCGGGACCGUGAAAAUGCAAGAUUGGCUACUUCGAAAGAGGAACAAAUGACUUAAGAAGCAUUGCUUUGGAUGCAGAAGUACUAAAUCAUGUGAAUAGACUGUAAGAUUCCAAGGACUUCAGAUUUUUAGGAUUAGGAAAUUUUCCCACGAAUCAGGUUUGAGUUUUUUCACUUAAAAUGAACUAUGUACGAGAGGAUUGAACAACCGAAUAUUCUGACCAUGGUUUUUGGAAGUUCUGAAAAAUGAUCCUUCUUUUGAAAAAAAGUUGGCAAAGGUGAAGUUUCUUGUUCAUACAGAUUCCGUGAAUCUGAGAUGGUGACACUUCUCAUCCGGUGUUGUCCAACUAGGACUAUCUCCUGCACUUGGGUCGGCUAGCACGGGAAAGAUAACUAGAUAGGUUGAAUUACAUCUACAAGGCUCAUUAGGGAACAUUCAAACUCAAUCUUACAUUCCUAAAGGCACUUUGCUCUGAUAUUUCUGCAAUUUUAGCUUAUUCUGAUAAUACUAUGCAACAAUAAUCUAUCUGUGCAGCUGUCAGGGCAUACAUGUUUUGGAGGUCAAAAAAUAGCUUUUGCGAAGAUGGUUUCUUCCAAAUUUUGGUUCCGAAAUUAUGUAUGAUACUUGAAUUUAGUUUUUAAAGUUCUAGAAAUAUUGCAUUUUUUUCUCGUUAUUACGUACGGCCAUCGUUUUGUGAACGAUGGUUAUUGAUGUAA